AUGAACGUUCCGGGUACCUCAUUGAAUUCUUCAUCUGGAACACCAAACACCAAUGGUGGCUACGCGAAAUAUCAAAUCCGCUCCAGCGGAAUGCCACGUGUUUUGGCGCAAGACACCGACGUUUUCACGUUGGACGACACGGAUCAAUUGAGCGAGAUGGAUCGAAUGAUUGCGCCGCCGCCGGUGGCAAAAUCGAAUGGGUGAGAGAGAGUUCGGCUAACUUUUUUUGAAUUUUACGCAAGAUUUGGCGCAGAACGAGACCAAACACGGUGUGUUUUGGCGCCAAAACACACCGUGUUUGGUGUCAUUCGCCGCCAAAUUUUUUCCUUGCCACGUGGCUUUUUCACACCAAAAUUUUGCAGUGCCGCCAACACCAAAGAAGAGGAAAAAAGUCGUUUGGUUGAGUGUAGUUUGGAUAGUGAUGAGGAAGAGGAAGAGACAAUGAAAAACGAGGAGACGCAGAGAGAUGUUCGACAGAAUAGUUAGUUUGGGGGGUCUACAGUAGUAUAAUAUGAGCAAUUUGUGACGUGGCGAUUUUGAUCUACAGUUAACUAAACUGAGCAAUCCUGAAAUGUGUGAGCUACAGUAAAUUAAUCUGAACAAUCCAAAACGAUCUUUGAUCUACAGUAGUAUAACCUGAGCAAUCCAGAAAAGUCUAAAUCUACAGUAAUUUAAUCUGAGCAACCCCAAGAUGUUUAAAGUUCAUCCUGAAUUUUUGUGAAUUAAAAAUAUAUAAUCUGAGCAAUCCUUAGGUUUUUGACCAUAGAAGAAUAACCUGAGCAAUCCUGAAAAUAACUAUGACGUGGCACUUAUGCUGAUAAAAAAAAUUAUUCAUAAAUUUCCGAAAAAAGAAAAUUUAUUCAUCAAUUUUGCGGCACCAACCAAUUGAUCCUAAGCAUGAACGCUUCUUUUCACAUUUGUAUCCUUUUCGACAUUGUCUGGAACUGGAGCAGUAAUUUGAAACUGAGCCGGAAAUCAAGAAGACUAGAAUUAAAAAUGAGCAGAUUUUGAGCGAAAACAUGAUUUUUGAUAUGAUUUUUUGUGCAAAUCGAUUCGGUUUUUAUGCAGAAAAUUUUGUGAUUUGCAUAAUUUUUGCGGCCCUAAUUUUUGAUUCGUGAUUUGCAAGCAGGUCUGCAAAAAUUGUGCAAUUUUUUAUGCAGAAAAAAUCUGAACCAAGUUAAGUAGGGUGGAUAAUCUGAGCAAUUCCAAAAAUUUUAGUUUAAUGUAGUUAGUUUAACCUGAGCAAUAAAAUUAGACUUUUCAGAACACAUUUUUGCCACGUGGAACUUCAAGUUUUUGAAGAAAACAAUUUUGAAACCAUUUUUGUGAUUAGGUUUCCAGAAGAAUUUUUGCCACGUGGAUUUUUGAUUUCUGAUUCGAAAUUUCAAUCCAAUUCAAAAUUCAAUUUAAAUUUUCAAAAAAUUCAGAUUCUUCGUCAGAUUUUCAGAGCCCAAAAACCUUUUUGCAAAAAAAUUGAUCAAUUUCUGCAGACCUGCAAAUUUCUUGCAAAUCACGAAUAAAAAUUAGGGCUGCAAAAAUUAUGCAAAUCACAAAAUAUUCUGCAUAAAAACCGAAUCGAUCUGCACAAAAAAUCAUAUCACAAAUCAUGUUGUCGUUCAAAAUCUGCUCAUUGAUUCUCGUCUUCUUGAUUGCCGGCUCAAUUUCAGUUUCGGCUCAAUAUCCGCCUCCAGAUUCAAUUCCACCCCCACAAUAUCCACCACAAUAUCCGCCACCACAACAAUAUCCACCACAAAAUCCAUCUUCAUGUAAGAGAAGCGCGGAUUGUUUGCCAGGAUAUAAAUGCAGAGGUCCAAUUGGCAUCUUCCGAUUUUCAAAAAAUGCAAAAGAAUCUAAGUUUUCUUUAAUUUCUUUAAUAAAUAAUUGGUUGGGUUUUUGAGUUGUUUUGAUAUUGCUCAUUUCAAAAUUCGAUUUCACGAUUGCUCAGAUUAGAAUCAUUGAAUCUCAAAUUUCAAAUGUUCAAUAUUGCUCAGUAGAUCAAAUUUUCCCACCAGAAUUGCCAGAUGUAGAUCACUGCAUUUCAGGAUUGCUAAAUUCAAAUUCAAAUUCGCAUUACUGUAGAUUUUGUAAGCCCAAAAAUGUCUGCAAAACAUUUUCAAAUUAGAUUUUUUUCAUUGCUCAGAUUAUAUUCAUUUGAAUCAGAAUCUUAUUUUCACCCUAAUUUACUAUAGAUCAUAAUUUUCACGAUUGCUCAGGUUAUACUUGGUUUUUUGAAGGUUGAGGUAUGAAAAAAUCACAUGGAAUUUGUAAGAAAAAUGUUCUUUUGUAGCUAAACUGUUUUUUUUUCGUAAUUUUCUUGAAAAAUUUAUUUUUUUGAACCAGCAUAAAAAAUCGAAAAAAAUCCCACAAAAAUAUUUAUUUUUCAAUACAAAAUUAAAAAAAUUAAUUAUUUUUUCUCACAUUUUCCACCCAAAAUCCAAGUUUUACAAUGAAAUCCUUUCAAACAAUGUUCGUCCUUUCUACAGUAGAGUGGAUUCUUUUUCGGAUCUCGACAAACAUGAAAUAUGAUUAUUGGAUUGUUCGAAUUCUCACAAAUAUGACCCUUCAAGCAAUUCUCAUUUUUCUCGCAAGUAAAUCGGAUUCUCUUUACGGCAAACUUUUGAAGUGGAUCCGUUUAACUUUCCACAAAAAUGACCUUUUGGACAAUCCUCGGUUUUUGUGCAAUUUUUGACCAAAGUUGAGCCAACUCCUUUUAGUUUUUGCACACUUUUUGAAGCUUGGCAAAAUUUGAAGAUGGGAAGUGUUUCAUUGAAAAUUGGAAGUUGGAACCCUCUACAAAUCUCGCCUUUUGGACAAUCCGAGUUUUUCUUGCAGAGGCUAUUUGAUUCCGCAGUUUUUGUCGAAUUUUUGACUGAAACUGAAAUUGAGCCAGCAAUCAAGAAGACUAGAAUUAAAAAUGAGCAGAUUUUGAGCGAAAACAUGGUUUGUGAUAUGAUUUUUUGAGGAGAUCGAUUUGGUUUUUAUGCAGAAUAUUUUGUGAUUUGCAGAAUUUUUGCAGCCCUAAUUUUUAUUUGCAAGAAAUUUUUAGCAAAAAAAUGUACCAGAUUUUUUGGGCUCUGAAAAUCUGAAGAAGUAUCUGAAUAUUUAGAAAAUUUAAAAUUCAAUUGCCACGUGGCACUUUUUGAAUUUUGAAUUGGACUGAAAAUUGGAAUCAGAAAUCAGAAAUCCACGUGGCAUUACAGUACUCUCAACUUCAAUCUGAUAGAAUAAUCUGAGAAAUUCCCGAAUUUUCAGUCCGAAGCUGAAAAAUCCUGCAAGAGUUUUCAGAUUUUUUUCAAAAAAAAAACUCUAAUUCAAGAAUUCUUUUGGAAAUAAUUCCACGUGGCAAAAGUUAACCUAAAUCUAUUUUAAAUUUUCCUUUGAGUUCUGAAUUUUUUUAAAUAUGCCACGUGGUAGAUGAAAUUCCAGAUUUGCCACAGGGUGGAUUUUUGCCACGUGGAUUUUUUAUUUCGAAAAUUUUCAAUUUUUUCACGUGGAUAAGGAAGCAAGAAUCCACGUGGCAAAAUUUUUUUUUCAAAUUUUCCAAAAAUUCAGAUACUUCUGAAAAGUGUCAGAUUUUCAGAGCCCAAAAACCUGAUUCAAAUUUUUUUUUGAAAAAAAUUGAUAAAUUUCUUCAGACCUGCAAAUUUCUUGCAAAUCACGAAUACAAAUUAGGGCUGCAAAAAUUCUGCAAAUCACAAAAUAUUCUGCAUAAAAACCAAAUUCCCUUGCCCCAAAAAUCAUAUCGAAAAAAAAUGUUUUCGUUCAAAAUCUGCUCAUUUUUAAUUCUAGUCUUCUUGAUUGCCGCCACACAAUCAAUUCCAGCUCAAAAUUCAACAAUCAAUCCAGAAUCCCUCAAAAUCUGCGACAAGAACAAGGAUUGUCCAAAAGGCGAGAUUUGUGCGAAAUUCCAACUGCCAGGUUCCAAUCAAACUUUUCCCAUUUUCAAAUUUUGCCAAUCUCCGAAACAGAAAAAAGUUCGUUCAACUCCAGCUCCAAAAUCGUAUGAUCCUUGCGGGAGAAACGCUAAAGAGCAAAUAAAAAAAGUUUCGGCUCAAACUGUGGGCUCAUUAAAAUUCUGCAUAGGAAAUUCGGAAUGUCCAAAAGGUCAAGCCUGUAAAUCUAUCAAAAUUCCAUGUUUGAGAACAGUUCUUCCAAUUCUUGUCUGCCAGGCUUCAAAAAGUUGCUGCUCCAAAAAGUGGUGCUCCAAAACAAGUUAGCUCAACUCCAGCUCCAGCUCUCAAAGACUGCAAGAAAAACUCAGACUGCCCGAAAGGUCAUACAUGUGAGGAUUUCAAAUUUCCAAUUCCACUCACGCUUCAAAAUCCACCAAAAUAUUGCCGAGAUCCCGAACAUCCAUUUUUCUGUCAGAAAAAUGAGGAUUGUAAAAUGGGCGAAAAAUGCCUUUUGGAAUAUUUGUGUGUGAAGCCGGAGAAAAAAAAUUGAUUUUUUUAAAUUUUUUUUUGUGAAAAAUUUUAGAAAUAAAGUUUUUAUGGGGUUGCUCAUGUUAAUAAGUUUUUUUAAUUAAAAUAAUUCGGCCAAUCAAAAUAGACAAAACAGUACUAGAUUUUUUUAUUGCUCAUGUUAAAAAAUAUUCAGAAAUUCAGGAUUGCUCAGGUUAAACUUAUUUCUAAAAAUGUGAAGUUUUUGAGCCUCAGGAUUGCUCAGGAUUGCUCAGGAUUGCUCUUCCACGUGGAUUUUUAAUCAUAAAAUUUCUGAGCUUGUUUUCAACAUUGCUCAUGUUAGACUACUGGAAAUCAAUUAUUUCUGAGUUUUGAAAAUUGCCACGUGUCAUUUUUUUUUUGGAAAUUUUUUUAAUUUUGAAAAAAAAAUGCCACGUGGCAAAAAUUUUUUGAAAAUUUUGAAAAAAUGCCACGUGGCAAAAUCUUCACUGAAACCAAAGUUAUGAUUUUUUCCUAUGAUAGACAUUUUCUCUAAUUAACUACAGUAAUCCCUAAUUAGUGUAAUUAUAAAUCCACGUGGAAAAAUAAUCGCUUAAAAACUUUGAACCCUUAAUCUGAGCAAUCUGAAAUUUUCCCCCAAUAUUUUGAAAUUUUUGUUUGGGCUUAUCUUCCUAAUUAAUUAAAUACAGUUUAAUUACCUAAAUAAAUACAGUAAUCGUUCUAAUUAGUCUAAUUAAUUACCCUAAUUACCUAACUAAUUAAUUAAUUUUUUUUUGCAGAACCCGAAUCCAAACGUCUCCGCGACUCUUUCGAUCUCGACACCGACUCGCUUUCCGAUGAUCUCGACCUACUUCCCCCAAUUCCAGGCGCUCCCAACACCAAUUCCAGCUCGAUUUUCCACAAAUUCCACAAAUUCAAUUGUUGUAACCCGCGAAUCCCCAAUAAAUGUACAAUUAUGUAA